UUCCGCGGGAAGCGCCGCCCCCCGCGCAUGGCGGCGCCCGGCUGUCCCUGAGCGGAGGGAGGGGAGCGGCGGCCGCCCGGCGCUGUGGCGGGUCCGGGUCCCCAUGGCGCUGAGCAGCCGCCUGCUGCGGGCGGCCGGCGGGCUCCGAGCAGCGGGUCUUCGUUUUGCAUCAACUACAGCCAGUCUCAAAACUGAGACUGAAGUGGACACAAGUGAAAAUGAGGUUGUUGCCCCAAAUUUCACUAACAGAAAUCCUCGGAACAUGGAGCAGAUGGCCCUGGCUAGGAAGGAGCGUGGCUGGAAGACAACAUGGCCAAAGCGUGAGUUCUGGCACAGAUUACGGCUUGAGCGGACACAGCAUUACGUGGAAGCCUUUGUCGAGCGCUCCAACGGGGAUGUUGUGGUAUCUGCCUCUACCCGAGAGUGGGCCAUAAAGAGACACUUGUACAGUCCCAAGGGAGUAGCUGCAUGCAAAAACCUUGGCCGUGUAAUGUCACAGCGCUGUUUGGAAGCAGGAAUCAACUUUGUGAACUUUAAAGCCAUUAUCCCCUGGGAACGCCAUUGUGACUCGAUUCAGGAAUUUGAGAAAGCUAUGGAGGAGGGUGGUGUUGUUCUGCGUGAGCCACGAAGAAUCUACCGGUAAAAUGGAGACAGUUGGGAAGACUUUUCCAAUGAACAAGGAUCACUUCUUACUGUACUGGCAGAGGGAAGGUCCAGAUCUGGAAAAAGCUGGAAUGUGUCAUCUUAUAAUAAAAUAUUUUCCAAUAGAUAGAA